GUGAGAGAAGAAACAGGCAGUUGCCAUCUCAGGUACGUCAUAUGUUCUGAUUACCCUCCAGUAUGAGGAGCAAGGGAGGAGAAACUCUGCUCUAUCUCCAUCUCAGUGGAUAAAGGGCCCAGAUCUGCUGUUGGUUUGUGUUGUUAUUCCCGCAGGCAUCCAUGAGAUCAGAAAAAUUGUAGGGAGAGAAUUUGCAAGUGUAGUGGCCAUGUUUACCUUUGUAAUGCCCUGUUUGGGUUUUUCCAUCAUGGAAUUCAAGGCAGGAUGCAAUAGGUUCUUAUCUGAAGGAGCAUCUCCACCCCCAUCGUUCUACCUGGACACUGAGGUCCAGCUCCAAGGGCCUUCUGGUGGUUCUCUCACUGCGAGAAGCCAAAUUACAGGGAAGCAGGCAGAGGGACUUCUCGGUAGUAGCACCCACCCCGUGGAACGCCCUCCCACCAGAUGUCAAAGAGAACAACUACCAGACUUUUAGAAGACAUCUGAAGGCAGCCCUGUUUAGGGAAGCUUUUAAUGUUUGAUGCAUUACUGUAUUUUAAUAUUUUAUUGGAAGCCGCCCAACGAGUGACUGGGGAAGCCCAACCAGAUAGGCAGGAUAUAAAUAAUAAAUUAUUAUUAUUAUUAAAUUAUUAUAGAUUGUCUCAUAUCCAGGAAUGGACCAGAUUCAGACCUGCUUGACUUUAAGAAGCUAAAAAAAAGUAUUUAUUAUAUGAUCCAUACAAUUUUCCACUGUAGUAAGUCACAAAACACCAAACUGCAAAAACACUCCCAACUCACCCAUAACAAAUGUGCAGUCCAGCACAGGUAAGCAUAGUAUAUGUAAAAAACAGAUUAUCAUGAUUCAGGGAAUUGCAAGAAAGGAUAUACAGUCCAACUAUUGGACCAACAAAAAUAUAUUAUAAACCACUAGAAGACCAGUAUUGUCCAUUGUAUUCAUAAUAAAACAAAAGCAAUCUGCUGCGGAUAUGCUCUAGGAAUGUUUCUGUGCCCUCAGACCUUUGUUUAGAAAGUCUGCCUAUGGUCUCAUGCAGUCAAAUUCUUUCCUUGAAAGAUGGUAGGCAUUCAUUACACAGAGGUUGCUGGUUGGUUCUCCCUCCCUCUACCAUUUGCAAGAAUGUGUCUCUGCUUAAGCAGCACUUCUUAUUCACAUUUAAAAUAAAUAACUUGUAGAUUUUUGAGUACAACAAUAACAUAUACAAACAGCAGUAAAUAAGACAAGAGUUUGGGAGAGAAAUGAAGAUACGUUGCUCAUUUCAACUUCUGUUUUCUGUCAAGCCGCAUUUCUAACCUCUGCUGUUGUUUCACUUCCUGUACAAGUUUUAUGUGGAUGUUUUUGGAAGGAGCCUGUGGAAAAAUCCAGGCUCUGGCAGUGGAAUAAUGUGCAGAGUUUAAAUCAAUAGUAGUAAUUUUUAAAAUGGCUAGGUUGUUUAUAGACAUACACCCUACCAACACUGGAAAGCGAAUGGGUAUUUUCCUCUUAUGCAGUUAGUCCUAAUGACCCACUGUUACAGUUUUUAAAGAAAGGCCUGGUUUCAGUGAGCAACGGACUUUUGGAGGGAUAAGGCGAGAGCUGAACAUCACUCCACAGACACCCAGAUGCUGCAGAAACAGAAUUGUGAAUGACCUUGGCUAGUUACUGCAGGAUGCAUAAGACUGAUAAAAUACUCUGAUUAACCCCUCUCACUGAGUAGCCAUGUAAACUGUACAAAGUGUGUUAGUUACUGUGGUUUCAAAGAGAAAAGGCUGAUUUCAUGAGGGAACUGGUCGGAGAGAAACACUGUAAAGCAAAUCUUAUCUUUCAUCACCUGUGUGAUGCAGAACAGAAAAAAGUUUGAAAUUUUAAUUGUAGUAGUAACUUCUUCUUCUUCUUCUUCUUCUUCUUCUUCUUCUUCUUCUUCUUCUUCUUCUUCUUCUUCUUCUUCUUCUUCUUCUUCUUAUUUAUAUUCUAUACCUCCUCCCAAAGGAGCCCAGGGAGGAAACACACAAGCGAUAAAACAAUUAAAACAUUUAGCCGUCUCUUUUCACCCUGGUGUGUUCUUUCUCAAUUUCAUCAUGUUUUAUUGGCAAUCAAGUCACUUUUUAACCUCAGGUGGCACUAAAUAGACUUUGCUGCCAAUAUAUCUCCCACUACUUGCAUUUUAUAGGGCUGCAGUGUUAUACUAUAAGAGAAAACGUUUAAAACCUUGGGCUGUAUAUAUACAACAUUUUAUUCUAUAAUUAAUGGAGACUGAGUACUUAUUUUUCUAUGUAGAUCUGUUGCAUUUAUUUAUUUUUUGCCCUUGAAAAACACUUCUUCAGAAACUGGUUUCAUUCUGAAAAGUGAAGCUCACUGCAGAUUGAUUUGGCAUCACCCCACAGGUGACCAUUUGAAAACAGAUGAAAACAGAUGUAGGCAGUCCCAGAAAUGGUGUGUUUGUGUGGCCACACCUGUCCAAUGAUGUUUUGGGUGGGCAUUUACCACCACUUCCUUCUUCGUUCACCUGGGGCAUGUGCAGGGUGGAAAAGGCAUGGGAAAUCUAAUCAAGGGGAAGGUUUCCAAAUGUGUAUCAAGUAACCACAGCCUCCCUUCUGGACUGUAGAAUCUAGAAUCAAUCUGGACUGAAAGCAGUAUGUUGUGGAUUAGCGUGAGUGAUUGGGACUGAUAAAAACUACAUUAUUGUUCUACAAGCAGGUUAGCUGUGUAUGCAGCUAAAAUCUGCAGAAUGCAUGUGUUUACAUUUGAUGCUCUUCUUGCAAUUAGAGUUUGCAAGUUUUGUUUAUUGUUUAUGAGUUUCAUUUAAAUUCAUGCAGGAAUUUGGGAAAGGUUUUCUUUCUGGAUCUCAAGCCCAUUUAGAGCAACUGUGGUCCUGUGACCACUCUGGAUCUGGGAGACCUUGGUUCAAUUUUUACCUUUGUCUUGGAAGUUCUUAUCUCUUUACAUAAAUAGGCAAUGAGAAGAAAAACAGUUCACCUCCACGGGUUAUUAUGAAAAUCAAAAAGAAAAGGUUUCUGAAGCCCCCCUGCACAAAAAGUGCUACGGCAUUUUGCACAAGCAAACAGAGGGGAGCAGGCGUCUUGCCUUGCUGGCAAAGGAACAGUUUCAGGAAUAAACUUUCUGUAUAAUGACAGAGUGAGAUUCCACUGCAGGAUAUUUGUGGCUUCAAACUAGCACUCCUACAUAUUUACUUAAAAUAGAAAUAUAUAUUUUUAAAGCAGCAGGAAAUGCAAUUCAGAAUCCCCCAUAUCUGGCCCUUAGCGUUCUGUUCCAUGCAUGAGGGACCCUAUAUUUCCAAACAGCUGAAAGGAAACCGGAUUAUUCUCAAAGAGGCCGUAUACCAUUUAAAUAUGAUGGUGUUUUGCCCUUAAUUAAACAAGAGGGACUCCAGUGUUGCUCAGAUGCAGUGUUACACCCUUUGGCAGGUUUCUUCUCUAGGUACAACUCAGAUUUAUUUAUGUUAUAUAUUUUGUGCCUGCUUCUCUCCCCAUCCCCAUCCCCAACAUACACAUUAACAUGUGCUCAGACUUAGAAACUAAAAGAUAGUAAAUAAUAAAACACAUUGAAAAGAAAAGAAAAGAAACCUUAGUGUGGUAGGUUAUAAUCCUAAUCCUAUACACCUGUGAGUAAGUCCCAUGAAAUUGAAUGGGAGUUCUGAAUAGGGAUGGUUAGUUUUGUAGCCAUAGAUGACAUUGUGAUGAGCUAACAGGGGUCCUCCUCUGGAAAUUCGUUAAUUUUGGAAUGGAACACACAGUGAAGGUAAUUCAUUUGUAAAUAUCUGUUGAUGGGUAAAAUAUGUGUGCCCAUUGUGUGCUAUGAUAUACAUUUUAAAAUGUGUGGUUUCCCAUUAAUUCCCAAGGAUCUACUCUGAGAAACCAAUUGCAGUAGAACAGAAAACACCAGUUGAAAAAACACAGGAAUGAAUGUCGGAAUGGGUUGAAGCACUUUCAGACAUCGCUAUGAUGUCAUCUUAUUAGAUGUAGUAUCAUCACAUCAUCAACAAAAAUGUGGGGCACCACAGCCAAUAAGAUCAAAGGCAAGUGUGGGCAAAGGAGACUGAGAGGGAGCUGUGAAGGCAAUGAAAAAGAGAAAUGGAAAUGGUGAUGGGAAGCACUGAGACAAGGCUCGUAUGUUCAAAACAAAUGCCAAAAUCUGCUGAAAAGGGGAGGUGCUUUUUGACAUGAAAACAAAUGCAAAAAUGAGAUGAAUAGUUUUAACCUUGAGUGGAUGAAAAUAAAACACUGCUAGCUGUGUAGACUGCAAACUGAGCAACAUUACUGCACAUGCUUUAAUUUUACAAGGUGGGCAUAGAAUCCAGGAGGCAUGUUAAUGGACAGGCAGUUGGCAGCAGCUGCAAGAUUGUAGAGGGGCUCCAACUGCACGGAUGUUUUGUCUAGACCCGACCCAGAGAAGGGGCUCGCCUCUUUCAGCAGUGUGCAGAGAAGGCCUGCAGAACUCCACUGUGAAUGUAUUCUUCAUGCCUCAAUAGUUUGUCUGUUGUACAUGAUUCCCAGCCCAUUGCAUUGGAAAGAUUAAUGCCCUCCCAAGGGGUUUGCUGCUUCUUUCUCUCUCUGCUACUUCAAUGGCAUUCCCCUCUCAGCAAAAAUGCUGCACUGAAAACAAAGUUCCAUUCAGUCAUUUCAAAAGUGGAGCAGGUUUAACUCAUUCAUUCCAGCAGAUGGGCUUUCCCAGCUUUUUAAUGAAGUUAUGGCUCAGAUGGCUGGGCCUUCGCAACACAUUUAAAUGGCUCUUAUUGAUUUGCAGAGCUGUAGGGGUGGAAGAGGCCUCAAGAGGCUCACUGGGGUAGGAUGUCGCCAACAUGUUAUCCUGCUGUUGAAAGAAUUACAUUGGCUGUCAAUUAGCUACCAGGCUAAGUUCAAGGUGCUGGUUUUGGUGUAUAAAGCCCCGUGCAGUUUAGGACUAGGAUACCUGAAAUAUCAUUGUGAUGGUUCAAGGGGUUGCUCGUGCGUAAGCCGGUGCCCACACCUGGCUGGGUUGCCUAAGUGAACCUUUUCUGUCCGGACAGCCACUCACCCGUGGCUGUCUCAGUCGCUGGCAGAAUCCGUCAGUGGUCGUUUCUUAAACUUCUUCCAGCAUAGAAGUUCUUUCACGCCCAGUCGCCUCCUACUUUCCCUGCGCGGAAGCCUUCUGCGCAAGGAAGGCGUAGGCAGCAGAGGACCCUUCCUCCCCCCACUGGUCCCAGGCAAGGAGUCAUGUGACUCCCUCUCAGAUUCCCCCAUCUGCCCCCCUUCUCCACUGGAGCUGAGCUGAUUCCCUUUCCCAGAAGAUGGGCUGCCUCUCCCAAUCCCGUGACGCUCUCUGGGAUCCCUCUGGAGCUCUCUCUCUCCCUCCGGCACUGAUGGCAGUUCCCUGACAAUCAUCUUACCCCUUAUGUACCUAAUCAAACACUGUGAUCUACAGGUGAAGGCCUCCUACCGACAGCACGUUAUAAGGAGGUCCAUUUUGCACAAUGUAGGGAUUGGAUCUACCCAUUAGAAUUUCCUCCCCUUGGAUGUUGUCUUUUUAGUACCUAUUCGAAGGCCUUCCACUUUCAACAGGCCUUUUAAGUUGAGAUCUUUUCCAGUCUGCAUCUAUAUUGGAAUUGUUUUGAAGAUGUUUUGAAGAUGUUUUAUUUUUCUAUCGCUUGUUAUUUUCUAUCGCUUGUUAUCCAUACUAAAUUUAUAACAAAAGGUUUAAAAAGGAUAAUUUGUAGAAUUAGUUAUUUAUCUAGCUUCUUUGGUACUCAUAUUAGGCUAUGAUAUGUGAUCCUGUACCAUUUACACAGUGAUAGAGAGGAAGGCUAGCCAGGAGUUCUAAUGAACUGAAUUCUAAUACUGAUUUGCUACAUCGCAUCAGCCUUGCAAAUAAGCCUACAAAAGUUACUAGCCUGAUUUUUUUUUUUUUACUAGUCUGCUAUAAGAGACUUGCCGCCUGUGUUUCCAUCCUGGCCAUGGAGAUGGGGAGUUUCCUCCUCUACAGCCGGCAUGGAAAUGAACAAACAAAAGUUAUACCAAGCAGGCUGACAGAGGAGGACUGGAUCACUCCAUCCCCCACCCCUUUCACCACCAUACCACUGCAUUUCUGUGCUGGUCAUGAAGAAAGGAAGUUUCCUCCUUCUGUGGAAACCAAGUGAGCUGGUGGAGGGGGAGGAAUGAAGAGGUCCAUCCCUCCUCUGCUAGCCUCGUCAUUCCCCUGCAUGGAAUUCCUGGUUGUCUCUGGUUACCAAGCAUGUAGUUAAUUAUAAGACAUGAGCAUGCCACUUCUUUUGCUUAAGGUCCCCAUCUUCCCUUUCAACUGCCUUCUUGUCUAAUUUUACUUUACGUUCUUCAGCAAAUGGACCAGCUCUCAGUAUGUGCCUAUAAGUAUCCAUUUUUGAGAGCAAAGGGGGCCUUCAUAUAUGAUUUUUAUGCUGAGAACAGCAGUGGGACGCUGAUCAGACCUCAUCUGCUUGCAGUCCUGGCCUGCCCUGUAAACUUCAGAUGUAACCACAAUAGCAGAAAUGUAUGGCACAUGUACUCCUUGUUUUUCCAACCUCAGAAGUAGUUCCUGAUGUGAUCUGUAUGUUUCAAGUUCUGUUUCUGCGUUGUUAGAAAUGGUUCGGCUGUCUGUAGCACUUAAAGUUAAUGCCAGCUUGCUUUCUGUAGCCAGACAUUAUAUGAAGCUGAGCUAUAGUUGCUGCUUGGAGGAGACCAGAGAACUCGGACAAGGCCUAUAAUGGAGAAAACAUGCAUUGAGACUGGAUGUCCCAGGGAACCUUGGGAGAUGCAAGGGUGUGGGAGGAGAAACACACACCAGGUGCUGGACUGUUUAGUCUGCAACCUUCGAACUCCCACUUCCUCCAAUUUAGCUCCAAGCAAAGGAGAAUGUAGCAUUACUGGAAAGAGACUUAGUUGGACCAACUUCACUUUAUGAAGAAAAAGAUGUAGUACAAAAUACAGAAACAUGCAGGUUAAGGUGUGUAUGUGUGUGUAUGUGUUGUGCAUACUAGGAGAGGAUGUCAUUGGGCAGACAGCGAUACUUGGUUCUGUAGGAUUUGACUGAGUUUCCACCAGGAAAGCACAUCUGGGCGGCAUCUAGCUGACACGGGGGAAGAGCUUACUAGCUCAGCUUGCAGCCCAACCUUUGCUCUGCUUGGGCAGAGCCAGUCCGAAACAUUUUGCCGCCUGAUGCAAAAUUGCAAUGCCAACAGCAGGUUUUUUUUAUUAUUACUUUUCAAACAGAAAAAACACAAAAUCCUAAAGAACUAUACUGCUUACUGAGUAUAGUCCUCACAUGGCAAAGCACCAGCAGUGAUAGCAUAAAGGUAAAGGCAAAGGGACCCCUGACCAUUAGGUCCAGUCGUGGCUGACUCUGGGGUUGCAGCGCUCAUCUCGCUUUAUUGAUCGAGGGAGCUGGCGUACAGCUUCCGGGUCAUGUGGCCAGGAUGACUAAGUCGCUUCUGGCGAACCAGAGCAGCACACGGAAAUGCCGUUUACCUUCCCACCGGAGUGGUACCUAUUUAUCUACUUGCACAUUGACGCUUUUGAACUGCUACAUUGGCAGGAGCUGGGACCGAGCAACUGGAGCUCACCCCGUCGCGGGGAUUCGAAUCGCCGACCUUCUGGUCGGCAAGUCCUAGGCUCUGUGGUUUAACCCACAGUGCCACCCGCGUCCCUAGUGAUAGCAUAGUUUUGUGCAAAUUACUUGGCCAGCACAAAGAACAAUUUUUCUGGGUUUUGCAGCAGGUGUAAAAUUCAUGACUAGAGUGUGUGUUUGCCAUUGAGGAUGGCUAAUGGCCCAGAAUGGAGUUUAGCACAGGCCAUGCAUUCUUUAAUACGGUUCUGUCACUGCUCCUUUUGCACUUGAGUAGAUGCACAAAAUCUGCAGGGCUUUUUUGAGCCCCCUGCUUUCUGCUGUGCAUCAGAACAGCAUCCAUCCCUCAUGUGCCCUGCUACAAAUGGGGGCAGGUGCUGCUGGCUGAGGGAACCUCACUUGGAAGAACACAGCUUGGCUGCUGAUACACUCAUGGAAAUCUCUGGCUAGUCUUCACCUCGUGCUGGAUCUCUGCUAAUCCCAUGCGCCCCAAAGUUUGGGAAACAAAACAGAGUUUCCAUGGUGUGGAGGCCCUUCAAACAUACCUGAGGACUGAAGGGAGGCUGUAGCAGGAUCCUUUGGCAAUGCUACUCAAGAGCCUUAUAGCAUAGUAUGUUGGGGGCUUCAAAUCCUCUACUCCUGAACCUAUGGGGUAAAAUGCUGAUGAAAAGACGUUGGCCUGGAGAGAAUCAGACAUUGGCCUGGGAAAGGGAAAGGUGCAUAGAAAGCAGCUUUACGAAAGUGUAAAGGGUGAAAUCGCUAAGGAUCAGGGCUGGCCAAUCCUAACCAGACUUGGAGCAUUAACAGUUUUUCUGGCUCCUCUGAGAGGAAGCCUGGGAAACUCAAGUGUGGCUGGCGGCAGCAGGGAGAAUGGUUUCUGAAAGAAUUUGCUGAGAGGGGAGUUUUUAACGGGAAGUCGGCUUACAAAGUGCCCAGAGAAAGGCAAGCCAAAGGCCCCACGCUUAUGGAUUCUGCAGUUAAUACAGGUGGGGAAACGUGUGUUGCUGCCGAACACAAGAGCAAUUGCUCUAGCAUGGCUCUUGGGGUCGGCAAGAGAUGUUGUUAGAGAUGCAGUGAGCAUCAUUAACUUUUUCAGGUCUACCCACCCUGCUGGCUUAAACAGGUUGGAUCUCUGCAGGAGAUCCUGGGAACUAUGAGGUUGCCUGUAUGAGGGGGCCUGUUGUUCAGUGCAGGGCCUAAGCAUCUCUAAUGGAGGGUUCCCAGCCUUUAAUGCACUUUGGCUGCCAACACUAGCCCAUUUUUCAUAGUGGUGGUUCUUUUUCUUACAGCUGCAGUAAGACACACAAGUCUCAUUGGGGACCUGAACGUGGUGGGUAGUCAUGGGAAAUGAGAAUCCUUUAGAGGCCUGUAGCCAUAACCUUUGUGGCAAGGAAACUUAAUGACCACAGAGCAGCCAGAACAGGUAGCCAAACAAAUGCAUUCAACACUAUUUAGUUGAGUUACUUUUUAGUCAACAGUUGGGUACAAUACAGUCUGCAUGGUUUUUCCCCCUGCAAGUAAAAAGGCUAACUUUCCUUUAAAAAAAAUGAAAACUGAACAUUUAGGGAGGUGUCUAAAUCUGGACAGUCCCUGAGGUUUCUAGGCAUCCACAUGACCCCUUGGCUAUGAUCCUGAUUAUUUCCUAACAAGAUCAACAUUCUGGCAAUGGAAUAAAUGAAGAACCACUUGGACCCAGAGUGGCUGGCUUCUGUUUCCCCUGUUUUUUAGUCCCUUUUGGGUGCGCCCUGUGACAUACUUCCUUCCUACACGAUCAUGCCCUUUCGCAUCAAAGAAUGAGUUAAGCAUUAGAGAAGGAGAACCAUGACUUGAGGCACAUUGGUUGGGUGGGGCAGAAUGGGGGAUUGUGAGGUUAUGUAGGGGAGAGUCCAGUUGUUAACAAACUAGGUGCAUGCACUCCAGAAGUAUAGGGCUCCUGCAGUGCAAGGGCCUUCUUUCACACAACAGACCUUCCUCUCCAGCCCUUCCCACACAUGUCCUCAAAAUCAGCUUCGGAGGGUUGGCAGGCUUUCCAGAUCAGGUUUGGGAGGUGCACAGAGGGAGGAGAAGAAAUUGAAAUCUUGUUAUGCCAGCAGAAAAUUUUCAUUUCUACAUUGUAUUUGCUAGGGUUGCCAUAUUUCAAACAGUGAAAAUUGCUGUUUUGAGCUAUUUUUAUGGGAAACUGGCAAAAACAGCACUGUCAACGUGGCCUGCUAUAUGUCUGGAUUUUCCCGGACAUCUUUGUCGAUUUCUGCCCGGACACUGCUGCCAAUUGCAGUAUUCCUGAUAUGUCUGCAUGUGUAAGUGAGUGGGCUAGCGCAAGUGGGCCUGCACAAUGAGCAGGCAGGCAGAGCGACCUGGCCAGCAGGCAGCCCAAGGCAGGGCUUUCUGCACUUGCCCUGUUGUCGCUGUUGUGGCCACAUCACCCCCGACAGGGUAGAGGAAUGAAAGGGAGAAGCUCUUUCUUCCCUUCCUCUAUCUCACCCCCACCUAUGAGAGAAGGAAGGCUGCAUUUAAAAUGCAGGCCUCCUUCUCCUGGCCAAGGCAGCACUGGCGGGGUUGGUGGCAUUGACGGGAAUGACAAAGGGAAGAAAGCAUUGGUCCCCUUCACCUCUCCCUGCCACACCACCUCAGCUAAGAGAAAAAAACCUUUGGGGAUGGGGAUGGCGGGGAAUUGGGGUGAGCUUUGAGCAGGAUGAGUUGUAAGGGAAGCAGGGAGGGAUCUUUUGGAGGGAGGUAUAAAGGUAUAAAGGGACAUGGGUGGUGCUGUGGGUUAAACCACAGAGCCUAGGACUUGCCGAUCAGAAGGUCGGCAGUUCGAAUCCCUACGACGGGGUGAGCUCCCAUUGCUCGGUCCCAGUUCCUGCCAACCUAGCAGUUUGAAAGCACGUCAAAGUGCAAGUAGAUAAAUAGGUACCGCUCCAGCGGGAAGGUAAACGGCGUUUCCGUGUGCUGCUCUGGUUCGCCAGAAGCGGCUUAGUACGCCGGCUCCCUCGGCCAAUAAAGCGAGAUGAGCGUCGCAACCCCAGAGUCAGCCACGACUGGACCUAAUGGUCAGGGGUCCCUUUACCUUUUAUAAAGGUAGGGGUUUGGGGGGCUGAGGUGUGAAGGGAGGGGGAGGGCAUUGGUAUGGGGGUUUGGUGGGGGGUAAUUGGGAGUGACAAACAACACGAGCCGGAGUGGCAGUCCCUGGUACAUAAAAAUAGAAAGAAAAUGAAAGGUUCCAAGAUUCAUAAAUGAACAUAUCACAUCUAUGCAUAUAUCUGGGCUUGUUAGUUUUUCCACUGCUAACAUGAAGUCUAUGCCAGUACUUUUGUCCUUCUAUUACAAAGCUUCUUCCCAGACCUCAAAGCCAAGCAGUCUCUCUAUAGGAAUUCCUUGAAGAAAUAAAACUAACAAUGGCUAAAAAGUCUAUGUUUGAUUUCCUUGGCUCAGAGCCCUGGGAUUUCUCUGUGUUUGCAUAGGAAGAGGUUCCAAAUCAGGUGCUGGCGGGAGGCAGACUUGUCGGCUCAUUUCCUCAGAUCUCUGGGCUCUUGCCAAGAAAACCUAUAGAGGAAUUCCAGCUUAAGGAGCAGUGAGUGAAAGCUGGUUUAGAUGGCAUAGACUAGAGAGAUUUAUGAAUUGGCCAGCAGUGCUGUGGAUUACAACUGCUCACAAUGCAACCCCAUGGCUUGUUCUAAGAAUGAUGGACUUGAGACAAGCUUGUUUAGACACCUGGCUUCAUAGCAGAUGAGAACAACAACCAUAGCAGAUUCCCUUGAGCAGGACAAAGCACUGAAGUUGCUGCCAACCUGUGAAGGGAAGUCUAAUGAUGUGUAGGAGGUAUUGUUUGGGGAAUUAUUAAACCCAUAGUGAACAGACUCUUUAUGCCAAGGAUGGGGAACCUGUAGGCCUUCAGACAUUGUCAGACUCUAUGUCCCAUCAUCCCUGGAGAGUGUGGCCAAUGGUCAGCAACAACAGGAUCUGUAGUCCAACAACUUCUGCUUUAUGAUCUAUCAGAGCCUCUCACAGCUAAGUGUCUGCAAGCGCAUGGAGCAGAAACAGCAUGCCUAAGCAGUAAUUUAUAUUUAGACAUCACUCAGGUGACUGGCAAGGGGGGAAAGCCUUUUGCGUAGCUCAAAAGCGCUGGACACUCCCCAGCACUCAUUAUUUGUUGCUUUCACUCUGGUCCCAGAGUGUGGCCUGAGAGGAUACUGCAUUCUUCCCACCUCCAGAUAGACAGUAAUGCAAAUGUUGGUUCAUAUCCAAAGGAUCCUUUGGCAAACCAGUAAAGGGUUUUCUAAUCUAGCAUGCUUUCUGACAUGCAGUGUGUUGCAAUCUUCUGAUCCUAAGCAUAAGGAUCAAUUACAAUGAGAUGCUGGCUGUACGAAAGGAAUUUUCCUCAUGCAAGGAUCUGUCUGGCCCUGGCCUGUGUUUAAAGUAUACUUAUUCAUGUGUGCAGCAUCCACAUGGAGGAACAGUAUCUGUCCAGGCCAAAGAUUGCUAAUGAGCACAUGCAUGGGAUUGCACAUGGGACUCUAUACCCAUGUACACACAGCCUCUCCUUUAAAUCAACCCCAAGGAACUUCCCCUCCAAGCAGACUGAGCUGCCAGCUUUGUAGUGGUUGUCAGUAUAGUGACCGCAUGAUAGUCAUCCACCAUCCAAGGCCCUGAUGAUGUCCUAGUGUGGGGUGGGAAUCAAAUGUUUCCUUGCACAAAGAAAACCUUGAAGUCAUUUGUGUGUUUGAGCCAAAUGACAAAAUGCCUCCAGUUUUUAAAGGAAAGAACAGCGCAAGGGAGAUUGGCUCUUCCUACAAGGGACAGGAGAGAACAAUAGCAGGCACAGAACACAGGCAAUUGUUAUUAUUUCUUUAAUUUAUUAUUUAUUGAAUUUCUAUGCUUCCCUUCAUCCGAGGAUCACAGUGCAGUUGAAAAUAUAAAAACACAAACAUACCGUAUUUUUUUUGUCCCAUAGGGCGCUCCGUCCCAUAGGACGCACCUAGUUUUUGGGGGGGGAAAUAAAGGAAAAAUUUUUUUCCUUUAUUUCCCCCCCAAAACCAGGUCGGGGGAACCAAACCAGGUCGGGGAACAGCGGUAUGGCAGCACUCCGCCUCCCCUCUGUCCCCCGAGUUUGUGGGGCUGGCCGAUGUCUGCCCGCUGCGCGAGGCGCUCUGCUUCAGGGCGCCUUGCGUGCCGGGCAGCAGGCUGCUAUCCGCAGCGUGGGGAGCCCUGCGGGAACUCCCGCAGGGCUCCCCACGCUGCGGAUGUCUGCCCGGCGCGAGGGGUGCUCUGCUUCAGGGCGCCUCCGCACGCAGGGUGGCAGGCUGCUAUCCGCAGCCUAGGAAGCCCUGCGGGAACUCCCGUGGGCUCCCCAGGCUUGCUGAUAGCUUCCUGAAGUUUGGAGAGCGAGAGGGGUCGGUGCACACCGACCCCUCUCGCUCUCCAAGCUUCAGCAAAAGCCUGUAUUCGCCCCAUAGGACGCACACAGAUUUCCCCUUCAUUUUUGGAGGGGAAAAAGUGCGUCCUAUAGGGCAAAAAAUACGGUAUGUAACAUAAAGGUAAAGGUAAAGGGUCCAGUUGUGACUGACUCUGGGGUUGUGGCACUCAUCUCACUUUAUUGGCCGAGGGAGCCAGCCUACAGCUUCCGGGUCACGUGGCCAGCAUGACCAAGCUGCUUCUGGCGAACCAGAGCAGUGCACGGAAACGCUGUUUGCCUUCCCGCCAGAGUGGUACCUAUUUAUCUACUUGCACUUUGACGUGCUUUCGAACUGCUAGGUUGGCAGGAGCAGGGACCAAGCAAUGGGAGCUCACCCUGUCACAGGGAUUCGAACCACCGCCCUUCUGAUCAGCAAGUCCUAGGCUCUGUGGUUUAACCCACGGCACCACCCGCAUCCCAGUCGCUAGGUUGGCAGGAGCAGGGACCGAGCAACAGGAGCUCAUAGUAACAAACAAAAGCAAUACCCCUGCCCCUGCAUGGUCUAAAAGGCCAUAGACUCUAUAAUUAGCCAAAGGCCUGGGAGAAGAGGAAUGUUUCUGCCUGGCGCCUAAAGAUAUGUAGUGAAGGCACCAGGUGAGCCUCCCUGGGGAGAGCAUUCAGGAGAAUGAUGUGGACACAGCGUAUAUUGAUUUGAAUAAAGCUUUUGACAAAGUCUACCAUGAUAUUCUUGUGGAGAGGCUGGUAACCUGUGAGCUGGACAAGGUAACUGUUAGGUAGUAGCAGUACCACAAUAUUCUGCCUUGGUCAGACCACACCUGGAAUAGUAUGUCCAGUUUGGGGCACCACAGUUUAAGAAGGGUACUGACAAGCUGGAAUGGGUGCAUAAAUUCCACAUUCCACAAACAGCACAUUCCACAAACAGGGAGCCACCACAGAAAAGUCCCAUUCUCAUGUUGCCACCCUCCAGACCCCUCAUGGGGGGAACACAUGAAGAAGGGUCUCAGGUGGGCCUUGUGGGUAGGCAAACCAGAGUUACCUCCUGAACCUUUUAAGCAUAGUCCUGCUACUUAGGUUUAAUUGCAGGUCACAGCAGUGGCUUGUACCAGUUUGCAAGAAGAGGAGGAGAAGAAAUGCCUCCUCAACUGUUUCUCAGUCUAUCUACUUCACAGCAACCUCUGGCUCAUCAAACUGUUUCUUGCAUCUGGAUUCUCCAUAACACCCUGCAAAACUACUCUCCUUUUCUACUGGAUUCCUCUCCUAUCCCAUCAUGACUUUCCUCAGGAUUCAGGUCUUUUCCUGCCUGGGUUUCUGGGUGCUGUGAUUAUUGACAUUGUGAUAAAAGUUUCCUGUCUCUGUUUCAGGGUCUCAUUUUGAAUGUAUAUUAGGGAAAAACCUUCACUUUGUUUCCCCAUUCUCACAAUAGGUUGUCUGUAGUGGGGAUCCUUUGGGGCUGGAGGUUUCUUUUAAGCUAAGGUAACUGGAAGGAGCCAGUUUGGGUGGGUGGAUUUCAAGCUCAAAGCUGCUGAAAACAUUUCAGGGGUUGUGCGUGUGUGUUUUGUCAAUAGCCACUCUGCCUCUCCUGGUUACCCCCCCUCCAAUCAUCAGGAGUUGUUGCUGGAGAACCAAGGGAUGUGUAGAAUGAAAGAAACUAAUGGAAGUGGUAACACUGAUCAUAGAUUUGUAGAGUUGGAAGGGACCACGAGGGUCAUCUAGUCCAACCCCCCGCAGUGCAGGAAUCUUUUGCCCAACAUGGGACUCAAACCCACAACAAUGAGAUUAAGAGUUACAUGCUCUACCGACUGAGCUACCUCGUGUACUUUAAAAUAAAUACAGUGAAGUAGAACACAAAAGUCUGGCGCAAUGGUGGAUCAGUUCCCAUUUGUUAUUUGCACAACUCGACUUCUCAGAAGCUUGCAAAGAAACUAAAUGUGUAUUUCUGAUUUUUAAAAGGUAAUCUAGAUCUACUAUUACUGAAAGCAUUAUGCAAAGCCUUGCAAAUGCUACUGAGGCCACAGGAUGGCAUUAUUUUGUUCUACUGUUUGAAUCUUUAUUGUAGCCAACUACUAAUUAGAUAAUCAUCACCAAUUUGAAUGUGAACUGAUGAUACUAUUUUGAAUACAGGACCACUCCCUACCUUGGAGGGCUCCAGUUGCCCCCUCUUUAAUUGUAUUAUGACACUCUGCAAAUAUUUCUUUGCCCUGCCAAGAUUCUGUUUUGAUUUAGCCUUCUCUCUCUUCCCUUUGUGAUUAUGUUUGGAUAGUCAGCUCUGGUAUGGGUUUGUUGUUGUUGUUUUUAAGCUCCCGGCUUUAUUUUAUUGUUUGAUUGUGUUUGUUUUAGUUUGUGAUUGCAAGCUACUUUGGGGACUCUGUGAGAGGCUGAAAGGAAGAAUGGAAAUAUUGCAAUAGAUAAAUAAAUGAAUACUACUCUGAAAGAAUAUCAAAGUAGUGCACCCAGGCACCAUUUUCAACCCUUACUCAGUCCUUCCUAGCUCAGUUUUCAAGUGGUGUUCUUUAUAAACACAUGAGAGGUUAAAAACAUAGGAAGAUGAGAUCAGGGGGCCAUCAAGCCCAGAGUCGCCUUUCCUGCAGUGGCCAACCAGAUGCCUACAAAAGCCCCUAAGCAGGAUGGGAAUGCAACAGCACUCUUUUGUUCAUGGUACUCAGGGGCAAGUUACGGUACCUCUGUUUCUGGAGGUAUCAUACAUCCAUCAUGACCAGCAGCCAUUGAUAUCUUCCCUGAAAUUGUCUAAUCCCCAUUUAACCAUUGAGGUUCCUCAAUGAAAAGAUUGGCAAUGGCACAGAAGCUGCCUGAAGUUAGCUUGUCCACUAUUGCUGAUUGUCCUCUCCAUUCCACAGGAGUAGAAGGGUGCUGGAUCCAGGGAUCCAGGAUCUGCACUUCCAGAUCACGCUGGACAACAGCUAGACUCACAGCCACAGUUGGAAUCCUAUAUGUGAAUUGUGGUGGAACCUUAGGAUGGAUCCCAUAAUCCUCAUCAAUGAACUUUUCACUCAGUGCUAAAAGUCUUGGUCCCUCCAUAUGCAUUUAGUUGAGGGUUGUCCCUUAGUUACACCUAUAGUUCUGCAAUACAUGCAAGUGCAAAAGAUCACUCUGGGGUUGUUUUGGUGGGAAGCAGCAUACAUAUCAAAUCAGGUAUCUUCUCUUUGAAAAGAAAAGGGACACACUCCUGUUGCUGUUCAUAUGAACAUAAUUGGAUCAGACAAAGAGUCUUCAUUGAACCUUUUUAGCACAUAGGCAUCUUAGCCAGCACAGCUUUGAUAUCCUAGAGAAAACAAAGGCAAAUGUGUUGAUCAGUGACAUAAGGGCCCAUCCAUAACAGUAACAGUAUGCAGUUGUCAGAGAGAAGGCUGAGAUAGGCCUCUUAUUUUUGACAUGCCUUAAAAAAAACCACCAGGGAGUUUUUAUACGGGGCCUUAAUUAACUAUGCAAUCUAGCACACAAUAUGAUUCUGCUGCCCUUGUAUUUCAGUUGGGAAACCUCAUUGGUGAGACAAUCAAGAGAAGGAUCACAUGACUUUCCCAAGGAAAUUCUGUUGUGAUGCCUGGCUUGUUUAUCUAGGUUUACAUUCUUUCUCAGGGUAUGAAAGAGCCCACAUCUGAGUGGCAGACAAGGAAAAAGAGGGAUUGCUUAUUUUGGCACAUACCAGAUCAAACUUUUCAUCUUUUGCUAGCAAAUCAUACGCAGAGAUCUUUCUUUCUUUCUUUCUUUCUUUCUUUCUUUCUUUCUUUCUUUCUUUCUUUCUUUCUUUCUGUAAAUUCGCAUCUAUGUAAAUUAGCAUAUGCCAUUUUUAUGCAAAUACGUGCCCUCUUUAAAUGUUCUAUUUUGGGAGGCAGUGUGUAUGUGGCUACAUCUCAGGUGAACUUUGGCAGGCUGUGGAUUCUUUCUUGAACCAACCUGCACUGUUGCAUUGGCAGAAAAAGUUCAGUAUUUGGCUCCUGUCAUGUCUUAAAGGUGCUGCCUCUUCCCAUCUCACCACUCUGAUGUUCCUCACUGAGAAUGCCCUCUGAAACAUACCAUCCAUGUGGCAACUAAAUAUCACUUUCCCCAAAUACCUCUCACUUUCACGGCUUUUCUUUACAGCAAGCAGAAGGGGCCACUCAAGGAGUUUCUGGGGGCUCUUCUGCUGUGGAAUGUUUUGCUUCGGAAAAAUCAGGCACAUCUGCCACCCAAGAACUCUGAGCUCCCCCCUGGACAUGUUGAGUUCCAGUUUAUACUUCUAAUAAUAAUAAAAAAGGAUUUUUCUGCCUAGAGUCUGCUUCCUAAGUAGUCAGUGAAAAAAGUGUCUAGUUACAAUUGUGGUUUCUCUGUAGAGCAGAGCCAGGAGUAGCGAAGGAGGUUUCUGUUGGGCUUCACUCGUGGCCAUUCAGGAUGAAAACAAGUCUAGUGGCUAAUCAGGCAGGCUUUAGUGGAAGUAGUACUGUUUGUGUGUGUUGAGGGGCGGGAGAAAGGAGAGGGCUGGGAUCAGGGGAUCACGUUUCAUUGUGACAUCACUGGUCCUCAUUCCAAGCAGAGAUGCAGACAAACUAAUCCACUGGAAAAGGCAAAAAUCAUCCAGCUUAACCCGGUUGGAGGGGAUAUUCAGGACGGCAUUGGAAGCAACUGAUCACCAGGAUUUUGAACCAGCCACAGGCUUUGCCUAGUCUGAGCGGAGGUAGGUGCAUCCACCCCUGUAUGGGGAACAGAGCUGCAUGAUUAUUAUUUUUUAAUGAGAUAUUUUAGGGCUACACUGUCUACUGUAUAUAGUAUGCAAGGAACUGGAGAGUUCUCAAAAGAAGGAAUACUCAUUACCAUGAUUUACUGGAUUAAGGCAAUUCAAGUCAGGUCUAGCAUUUAAAAUAAAGGAGGGUAAAUAUUUGCAUGGUGAGACACUUUCAAAUACUGGAGCUUCCUGAACCUUCCUUUCAAGGUUCAAGCAUGGUCCUCCAGACCAGCUGCUCAGACUAACUUUCUGACAGUAAGAGCUGUUUGACGGGGGAUCAAAUUCCCAUUAGAGGUGGUGGAUUCUCCUUCCUUGGAGGUUUACAAGCAGAGCUUGGAUGGCCAUCUGUCAUGUAUGAUCUAGUUGAGAUUUCUGCCUGGGGGGGGGGAUUGGAGUAGAUGAGCAUCAGGGUCCCUUCCAACUCUACAAUUCUAUGAUUCGAUGAGCUCCUUGACCAUUCCUGAAAUCUCAAGGUAUCCAUUGAUUUCUGAAACUCUUGGAGUCAGUUCUGGAAAAACGAGCAUUUCAGACUUGGCUCCAGGUUUUCAGCCACAGGAGAUACAUAUCCUUGGAACCAUUUAAGCACUGGUUGGAUAAACAUCUGUCAUGGAUGGGAUGGGUCCAAGGAAUCCUGUCUACAGGCAAAGCAUGAAACAAUUGGCCUCUAAAAUCACUGCUCGCUGUGUCUCUAUGGGCCCUGAUGCUUCCAUUAUUUCCCCUGGUCCCCUGCGCUAAGUUCCUCUAAAGAUGUAUCUAAAGUCUAGCAAAGUUUUCAAUUAGCAGGGAGAGAAUAACAUUGUUGAACAGUAAUAUUCCUGAGGGUGUUCGGAAACUGAGUUACAGCACUUCAUUCAUUCUGAUGUAUUAUAUUUAGCAUCAUACUGUUAUUUACAUCACAGUCCUAGACAUGUUUACUCAGAAACAAGUCCCACUGUGUUCAGUGGAGCAUACUCCUAGGUAAAUGUGCAUAUGGUUGCAGCCUUAACUUCACAGCAAUUGAGCCGUCAUAGGGCCCAUCCAAACAACUUUUUAAUUGCAUGUUCAUGAUGAUUUGUGAUAAUGAUGGUAUCAGGGGUGGUCAUACACAAUCUUGCUUUCAAUACUGUUUGCACCAGCAAAUGUUUUGGGGUAUUCAUACUGCCUCAUUUCCAUUCACUGCAUAUCCUGCAACUUCCUGCUGAAAUUCCAAAACUUUUUAUACCACAGAUGUUCAGGGUGUUGCCCUGCAUAUGUCCCACUGUAGUUCCUCCAGACAGCAAUAAUUUGGUAACAUUGGGGAAGCACUGAAGAACAAUUAAUGAUAUAUAAUAAAUCCACCACUAUUGUGUCAAGAAUAUGUUGCAAAAUUCCUCUGCAAUAAAAUAUGUUGUAAAAAUAAUCCACAAUAAAACACAUUGCAAAAUUCAUCCACAACCAAACACUAGAGACCUUCCCUGAGUCUUUCUCUCUCCCCCCUGUAUUAUUAUCACCAGAGUCUCAAGACCUAGUAUGUUGGCAGAAGUGUAAUUUCUAGCUCACCAGUAAAAGUUGCUAUCAUCAUAGUAGCUAACUAAAGGUCUGGUAUGAAAAUGUGCAUGUUUGUGGUUAGGAGGGAGUGGGGAGUAAAGGAGAACAAUUCUGGGAAGGCUUGGCUGUCACAAGAUAGCCCUUAAUGCCCGGGGCUAUACAGAGUGUGUUUUCUAUAAAACAAUAGAACUCCUUCUGUUAUGGAUUAGUUUCAUCUGAAAUGCCAUGCAAUUUUUUCUUUAGCGCUUGUCUGUAAGUGAGAAUAUUGCUAGCAGUGCUCAUUAGUGCACUUCCAUAAUAACAGAGUGGGGUUUCUAUCUCCAAAGUUAGGGGGGGGGAUGCAGGGUGUCAUGUUAGUCAUUAGGACCUGGAUGGACAGAGAAAUCUAGAGGAGAUGGUACAAAAACACAUCUGAAAUACUAGGUUCUGUCUUCAGACCUGAGGUGUGUAUGUUCUAGCGAUACAGAGCAGCCCAGAGGAGUUGGGUUAUUUUAUUUAUUGCUGAGGAUAUAUCUGUUUGUCUAUUAGACCAAAAUAGGUAGGUGGAUCUAGGAUCCUAGCUUUUGGAGGCAAGAGGCAUGAAAUAGACAUUACCAUGGAGGAGUGGGAAUGGGGGUGGUAAAGGUGAUAAGAACCAAGGAUAAUAUACUGGGGGGGGGGGGAACCUGCUUGACACUUAAUUGGCUGCAACUGCAAGUGAGUGACAGAAAUAGCAAUUGCAUCCCCUCUUCCCUACCCAAGGGCCAUUUCUUUCAGAACAACUGUUAACUACCUGAUACAAUGCAACAGAUGUCCCUGUCUCAAUGGCAGCCGCAUGGCUGAAGUCAAACAACCCCCAAUAUUUUGAAUGAACUAGCCUAGAAAAAUGAUCAUGGACAAGAAUAACUUCGUGCUGAGUGAAUAUUUUCACAGCAUGACUGCUCCCUCAUUGACCUCGCAGGCUUUGUUCUAAAAGGAAGCUUGUACAAUAUACAUGAAAGGCAAGCUUGGGAAUUAACAUUCAUAGCCUUAUGGCAGAGAAAGCACAGCGGCUUAAAUAGACUAGGGGUUGAGUUCCUGGCUUGGGACAACAAUAGCCCAUAACCACCUGUUAGCUAUUAUAUUUUUCAAUGCUAAAAUAAUUGUAAAUAAACUGUGAUCUGAAAUGAUCGAAAUGCGCUUUUACUAUUGUUCUGGAUAUAAUACCUCAGGUUUAACUUUCCCGUCUGCCUGAUGAAACAUCUUGCAGUUAUAUAUAUUGUAUGGGCGACUCUCAACUUUCACGGGAGUUACAUUCCGGUGAUAGCGUGUAAAGCUAAAAUAACGUAUGGUCAAAAUACAUUGGGUUCAGUGGUGGGUGAGAUUGCCUUUCCCCCCAGUUGAUGUCCCUCGUUCCUCAUAUAGUUCCACAGGAACACAAGAAACUGCCUUAUACCAAGUCAGCCCAGUAGUCCAUCUAGUUCAGUAUUGUCUACACUGAUUGGCAGGAGAUCUCCAGGGUUACAAGAAGGGGACAUUCUCAGCCCUACUUGGAGGUACGGCCACUGAGCCACAACCCUUCCCCACACCUCAGGGAUUCAUUAAGUGGUUGCCUCUGAAUAUAUCCCCCUCUUCUAAGUUCUGUUUCCUUUUUGCAGUCACUGAUGGCCUUGUAGAGAAGAUUGCAGUGACCGGUGCUGAGGACCCAAGUGUCCAAGGGAUGUUUUUCGGCAAGGGUGAUGAAUGGAUGCCAAGUUCCCGAAAGCUUGUGAGAAUGUCUCGGCCUGCUAACUUAGUCACCUUUCUCUUGCUGUUUUCGUGCUGGGAUGUACUCAGUCGAGCCCUGCCUGUCGGCCCAGAUUACUUGCAGCGUGGCUGGCAGAGGCUUCUGGAGGAGGGGGAAAGCUGUGUGCAAUGUAGAUUGGAAGAAUGUCCCACGCCACGUGGCUGCCUUGCUGGGGUGGUGCUGGAUGCUUGUGACUGCUGUUGGGAGUGUGCCAAUCUGGAGGGCCAAAUCUGUGACUUGGACAAUACCAACCACUUCUAUGGCAAGUGUGGGGAUCACUUAGAGUGCCGCCUUGAUUCCGGGGACCUACGGCGCGGUGAGGUGCCUGAGCCUCAGUGCACUUGCCAAUCUAGCCAGGCUCUCUGUGGCUCCGAUGGCAAGACCUAUGCCCAAAUAUGCAAAUUUCAAGAGGUGCAUAACUCCCAUCCAGAGGCUAAUCUCACUGUGGCCCAUGAAGGACCCUGUGAAUCAGGUAAGGCUUUUGCAGGUUUUCUCUAAAUUUCCAAGUGAAGCUGCAAGCGAUGAUUUGGAAAUAAAAUGAGAAGGCAUUUCUCCACAUUUACAUUCCAAGAAAAAGGGGCAUUUGGGAAAUGAAACAGACGGACAGCUUUAAGCUGGACAAAAGAGAAAUGGGGAAUGCUUUGACAGCUCCCUUAAACUAGUUCAAGCUUUUUUUUUUUUCAAGCCCAGUACAAUGACUGGUUGCAAGAUGAGCACUGCAACCCCAGAGUCGGCCACGACUGGACCUAAUGGUCAGGGGUCCCUUUACCUUUACAAUGACUGGUAGAGAUGUUCCAGGGUCUCAUGCAAAGAUCUCCCCCAUCACUUGCCAUGUGAGCUUUUUAAACUGGAAAUGCCAGGUAUUAAACCUCAACCUAGGACUUUCUGUAUGCAAAGCCCAACCUCACCUUAAGAGUGAUGCAUAGACCUCUUCACUGUGCACUGUAAUUAUUUUCUAUGGAAAGCUGUGGAGACCAAGAUCAUGGGGUUCCACCCCCCAAAAAAAGCAGUAAUUGAAAAUAAGGCCUGUAUGGUUGUUAGGGGACAUCCCCAGUGCUUAGAGUGAACCUAAACAUCUGGCCAGAAGCCUCUUAAAUGGCAAAGUGAGACCAGUCUUCUUUUUCAGCCUGUGUCAUUUCCCCAUGUGUUCAAUCACAUGUCCAUUCCAGCCUAUUUCAUAUCAUCUGGAUAUUUUUUGUUACCAUUGAAAAAUCCAGGAUUUUUUUUAUUGACCAAUGUUUUUAAAUAUUUAAAGGUAAAGGUAAAGGGACCCCUGACCAUUAGGUCCAGUCGUGGACAACUCUGGGGUUGUGGCGCUCAUCUCGCUUUAUUGGCCAAGGGGGCUGGCGUACAGCUUACAGGAUUAUCCAUUCUGCAGCUCUCCAAGGUCUCAAGUAGAGAGCUAUCUAUCCCACCCAACACUUGGCACCCAAUCCUUUGUUAACUGGAGGUUGACCUUGGGGACUUCUGCAUGCAGAGAAUAUGCUCUAUCACAGAGCUAUGGUCCCCUCCCUGUGCAGCCAACCUCACAACAGGAGGAAGAGAGGGACUAGGAUGCUUAAAAUGUAGCCAAAGCAUCUGACAGUAAAGCAGGCUGAUUAGCAGCUGCCACAAGGAUGUCACGUUUCUGCUGCAACAUGAGACUCAGGCGGCAUUCCCUGAGAAGCACUUCAUUUAAACGAGUAUGACAAAGCUCUGGACCACCGUUUAGGGGCCAAGGGCUGUGGUUCACAGAUGUGCCAUGAUGCAAACACAUGCUUGACUAACAACUGCUGGUGGGCAAGGCGAAGAGGACUAUUCAGUUCAGUCAUAAAAAGCCUGGCUUUUUUCUGUUUAUAAGAAAUAAGGCAGUGUAGUGCAACAGCUGGACAGAACAAUGUGCUUAAUUAUAAUUGUGGUGGUUGCUGCUGCUGCACCUAAAAUUGCUAGUUGCUGAACAAAAAUAUUAAAAUUACACAGGCACUGCUUACAGGCUGACAAUUGAAAGGUAAAUAUCACAUCAUGUACUAGAAGGAUUACUUGAAAAGCACACCUAAAUCAGAUCUCAGAUAGAACAAGCUGAGAGAACUAAUCUAUAAAAUCCAGCAUGAAAAUGUUUUGUCUUCAUAUACAAGCAACCCAGAGAUUAUUUCCCUCAGAUAGUUUUGGGUCUUUUCCAGAGCCCCACAUCAUAUCGCCUCCCUAUGACAUCUGGAACAUCACUGGGCAAGAUGUGAUCUUUGGCUGUGAGGUCUUUGCAUACCCCAUGGCAUCUAUCGAAUGGAGAAAGGAGGGAUCGGACAUGCUGCUUCCUGGAGAUGACCCACACAUCUCGGUUCAGGUGAGCUACUAGUUCCAGCAAGAGCUCAGGGGGAGAAUGGUUUGUGUUUAUGGGGCAGGUCUGAAAAAGGAUUUUGCAGCAGAAGAUACUCAGAUUACUCAGUUAUUUGGCAGGCCUAAUUUACCUUCUUUUAGCAUCUUCCAUCACUUACGGUAUUUUUUGCUCUAUAAGACUCACUUUUUCCCUCCUAAAAAGUAAGAGGAAAUGUGUGUGCAUCUUAUGGAGCAAAUGCAGGCUGCACAGCUAUCCCAGAAGCCAGAACAGCAAGAGGGAUUGCUGCUUUCACUGCGCAGUGAUCCCUCUUGCUGUUCUGGCUUCUGAGUUUCAGAAUAUUUUUUUUCUUGUUUUCCUCCUCCAAAAACUAGGUGCGUCUUGUGGUCUGGUGCAUCUUAUAGAGCGAAAAAUACGGUAGGCUGACCUUAGGUCUUCUGCCCGCCAACCACAGAUAUGCCACAGAUGAAGUUUCAUUUUCUUCAGAAUACAGUGGUACCUCGGGUUAAGAACUUAAUUCAUUCUGGAGGUCCGUUCUUAACCUGAAACUGUUCUUAACCUGAGGUACCACUUUAGCUAAUGGGGCCUCCAGCUGCUGCCGCGCUGCCACCACGUGAUUUCUGUUCUCAUCCUGAAGCAAAGUUCUUAACCUGAGGUGCCACUGUAUGUCUUUUUUGUUGCUGAAAAAACAGUUGCAUCCCUGCAUGUACACUUCCUUUGUUACCGUGAAGUUCAAUUAUCUUUUACUUUUUGCUGUUCCCCUUUGAGGAAGAAUAAUACACGUAUCCACAAGGGCAGAUGUGGAAUAUUGUACUCACUGUGCAUAACCCUAAAACAGAAGGCUCGCCAAGUUAUCUUUAGAAGGGUUAACAGGCUUGGAGCUCCAUCCCAAAAUAGAACUUGAGAGGCUGUAGGGCAGCCGCUUGUAUACCCUUCUAUUUAAAGGGCGUGUAAGGAAGUCCUGGGAAACUUUUAUAGAAACUACAAAUCUUUAUUAUUAUUGUAUGGAAUGUUUGGGUGAGGCGAAAACUACAUCACUGCUGGAUUGAGAAGCUUGGGGAAGCGCCAUGUUUCAGGCAGGGGGAAAGUAGUGUUAUGCUUCUGGUGGCAUCUUCCGCUAGAAUGAAUUUCAAGUCACUUUCCUUGACUGCAUUUUCUUGCUGGACCGCACAUCGGGGAUGAAACCCAACAAAUGAAAACUGGAACCAGAAACAGCUUUCCCACAGGGAAAAGCUGAAACAAUGGAAUAAUCUCCAGAGAGAAACUCCAUUUUCUGUGAGUUAAUUAAAAACAGUUUAAAUGAAACAUUAUGGAAUAUAUUGCGCAGAAAAAUCUUCAGUGUGAGGGUAGGUAUUAAACCAGAUGAUGCUACCAAGGUCCUAAUGCACCCCUAAAUCCCCAUGCACCCCUACAACUUUAGGAAUCUAUCUUUAAAAUGGAAUGGAAAUCCUAGGCAGGUGGGAAGUGGUCUUCAUUGAACACAGUAGUAUUUACAUUCUGGCAAUCCUGCAAAGGAUUAUGCUGUAAAUCGGUUAAUCCCACUGGAGGAUCCUCAGUUUAAGGUUAGGUUUCCCAGUUUAAUCAGGAAAUCUACUGGUUUGUGACUGCAUAUUUUAGUCUUUUGCACAGACUUGUAUAGCUUUGUAAGAAUGCAGAGAAAUCUAGUUUUCAUUUUAAAAGUUUCUAGACCUCAUCUUAAAACUAUAUGUAUGUAGACAUAUAGUUAAGUAUGUAGACAUGAUCUUCUAAGAGCUGAAAAAUCAAAGGGGAUGUGGGUGUGGCAUUCAGCAAUUGAGAGUGAAGUUUUUGAGUCCCACAUAAAGCUGUUCGAUUCAAUCCAUGGCAAGCAGUCCCUCUCCUAUUGACUCCACAAACCCUUCAUUUUCUCCUCUUUUCUAUUCCAGCCCCUGCCAAGGCAUUGCAAAUUCUGGAAUUUGUUUCAGUGUUGCGCUGCUAUUAGAUAAGCAAAUGACUAUUUCAAAGUGAUCUUUUAAAUUCUGUGCUUCAUGCGUUUCUGCCCAUUGGUGAGGUAACAUCACUUUUUGGAUGUGAUUCUGUGCUCUCUGAGUUGACAAAAGAAAGAGAAAGACAGAGCCUGUACAUUCACUUUCAGAGAAAAGCUGCUUGUAUCCUGUUUACAAAGGAGGCUGAGAAACAAGAAGACAGUUUGUGGUCACUUUCCAGUCCAUUCUGAUUUAUGCUCCAAAAGAAAAGAAAGAGUGUGCCACAGUACAGUUUGCUACAUCUGCAAGAAAUUUAGAUUGUUUUCCAGUUCAGAGUGGGGGUGAGGGGAGACUUGGUAUUUCACAGCAGGCUGAGAUGUCCCAGAGAAUACACAAGUACAAAAUAUGUAUGCGUCAAGUGUGAAAUGUGUGUGCAUAUGUACGUCUUUUAAAAACCCAGAAGUGGGCCACCUUUCUUGUUUAUGUGUACCCAAACACUCAGGAUGGUGGAAUAUCCCAUUUAAAGUGAGAACAAGGAAUAUGGUGGAAUCCUACAGUUUCCAAAUAUGUACAGAGAUGACUGAAAGAGACUAAUUGUUUGCUCUGACUGCUGGGAUUAGGAAAAGAGAAAAAGGGUCUAAAUUAUAGGAAGACAAAUAAUAAAGAAGAAAUAUGCAUGCCUCAGAGGUCGUGGAGACCUUUUAAAGUGAAAUAUUCAGUCUUUUUGGCCCUGCCUUAGAACAGGAAAAUGAGUCAACAGCUUUUGCAUUCCAGGUGUGUGGCUUUCUAAAUAACAAAAGAUGUCCUAUGUGACAGAGGUAGCAUUUAUAAAUGACAAGAUAUGCUUGUGCAAGAAAAUAUAUUUCAGAGAACAUGAUAGUGCUUCACCUGAAAGGAGGGCAAAUGGAGCAAUGCUAAAACUGAGAUUUGACUCUGUGCAACCAGUAUCUUAGAUAUGCCUGAAUUGAUUGAUCUGUGAUACAGAGACUGUCUCAAUAACUCCCCAUUGGAGAUUUCAGCAGCAAUCCACUUGCUGUAAAGUUUUUAACAAUGGAAUUUGUGUCUCUCCUGUUGGUAUAUAAUUAACUCUAGUUUAGGGGAGGCCCUCAGAAAUAUGAGGUGACCAGCUGGCUGCAGAUUCAAGCUGUGCGGGUAACUGAUGAGGGGACUUACCGCUGCUUUGCGAGGAACAACGUUGGGCAGGUGGCAGCUCCAGCCAGCCUCAUGGUUCUCACUCCUGGUAAGUAGUUCCUACUCUUCCUCUUCUUCUCCUGACGGAUUCAUUGUGUUGACAUUUCAGGCCCAGCACACCAAACACCCUUUGCCAUAUGUGAGAGCAGAUCUUCAAUGUCUCUUUAGUCUUCCCCUCUUCUGAGCUAUCUGAUACAGUGGUACCUCAGGUUAAGUACUUAAUUUGUUCCGGAGGUCCGUUCUUAACCUGAAACUGUUCUUAACCUGAAGCACCACUUUAGUUAAUGGGGCCUCCUUCCGCCGCUGCACCACCGGAGUACGAUUUCUGUUCUUAUCCUGAAGCAAAGUUCUUAACCCUAGGUAAUAUUUCUGGGUUAGCAGAGUCUGUAACCUGAAGCGUAUGUAACCUGAAGCGUAUGUAACCCGAGGUACCACUGUAUUAUUCAGGCAACCGCUGCUAUCAGUGCUCCUUAACUACCAAGUAGUGUUUCAUAUAUCCUGUGUAACCAGCUGCGUUAUGAUUGAAGUUUUUUGUUUUUUAAAAAAGAAUCAAAUGGUUUAUCCAUAACUACUGAUUAUACCAACCUAGUCCUUGGUAAAAUGUUGUUAACAGUGUUUUCUAAAUAAAAGGAAUUCAGAUAUAUGGAAUGCCAUUUCCUCACACUCUGGGCAGAACUACACGUUACCAAAACAUGUUUGCCAACAAAACUGGCAGCCCUGUGCCCAUUUCCCCUGGAUUACAUCCUCAUUACAAUCAACAUUUUCCCACCCCCUUUAGUGGCAGCAAGUCCUGUGCGUAAAGGGAUUUUCAAAAAGCUAAUGUAAUGCUGUCAAGAUAUGAUGGUAGUUGAACUACAUGCUACAAAGGAACAGGUGGGGUUCUUAACGGGGGCUCCCAGUUUCAGUGAUAACCAUGUGUUUCCCGUAAUGUUUAGUUCUUCUCUAUGGUCACAAUUCAACACAGAGUUAAGCAGCUCCAUGGCAGAUGUCUUCUGGGCCCAAAUUCUACUUUUUGUUCACUGUAUCAGCAUUCAAUUUAAAAUAUCUGCAAAAACAAUUAACACCAAAUAUUACCGUAUUUUUCGCUCUAUAACACGCACCUGACCAUAACACGCACAUUGUUUUUAGAGGAGGAAAACAAGGGAAAAAACAUUCUGAAUGAAACAGUGGAUGUAUCAUUUUUGUGCUUCAUGCUGUGGCCACAGACAUGUGAUCUGAUGGUGAAUUUGGGGUGACCCAAUGCAAAAAUCCUGAGAAUCCCUGUGGACCCAUGCUUUGUAACCACGUUUUUGCACCAUUGCAGCCCCAGGCAACAGUGGGUGCGUGAUUUUUGGGGGGCAGGCUGUAGCCAUGGACAUGCUAUGUGCUCUGAUGGUGAAUUUGGGGUGACCCAAUGCAAAGAUCCUGAGGAUCCAUGUGGAUCCAUGCUUUGUAACCACAUUUUAAGUGGGGAGGGAAGGAGAAACACAGAAGGGACAAGGAGCACGAGAGGGGUGUGCAGAGAAGCAGCUGGCUAAGAAUGCAGGAGAGGGGUAUAACGGGAGGGAGGAAAGGAAGGCAAAAGUUUCCCCCCACCCACCCAAGCCAGCCAUCUCGCGCUCUCUCUCUCCCACCUGCAUGUUUUCCGGCUGCCUGAUAUAUAUUUUUUUUAAUUGCCUUGACAGAAGAAAGCAUUUUAACUGCAUUAAGAACUAUUUAGCAGCGAAACCUAAGCUUUGCCAUCCCUUAAGAGGUACAGACACUGUAAUCUUCCAGAUCGCAUGAAUUUACAGGCAAAACACUGUUUAAGGAUUUCAUCCUUUUAAAUGGAAGAAGGCAUAUUUGAAUGCUGUGUGUCCUCAAAAACAAAAGCAAGAAGUCAAAUCAGAAUUUUAAGCUGAACCUGUAAUCUCUCUUCCCUUCACAAACAUUGUUCCCUCCUGAGCACGGAGAGGAAUUAGAAGGAAGGACGCUCUGCUUUCCCCUCUGCUUGCCUGGAGAGGAGGGGCUUUCCCUGCUCUUUGUUCCGUUUGAGCAAACACAGCAACGAAACAGAGAGGGUGGGCAGUAAGACCCUGAGGCAGAAUGCAGGAUUCCUCUUUUCAGGUUUCCCUUCUCCGAGACACGAUUUGAUUUUUGCCUGAUUUUUGCCUCCACUCGCGCCAUUCGGCUCCAGGGACCACACAUUUGCUCAAUAACACGCACAGACAUUUCCCCUUCCUUUUUAGGAGAAAAAAUCUGCGUGUUAUAGAGAGAAAAAUACGGUAGCUUAAGCAUGCUAUUGUUUGUGACAUGCGUGCUUGGUUGAUUUAUUGGUUUGGUGAAAAGAAAUGCAGACAAAGACAUGGAGAUAAAAUGUUUGACAAGUUGUUUGUCAGACGAGGCAGCUGCUUCAAGCAAUGGAUGCUGAGAUGUGGACAGAGACAGUAGCCAAUUCUUGCUGAACCCCUGUCCCAGCUAUUCUCCUGUGUUAGAGAAUAGAGAAGGGUGUGUCAUGGGACCUGCACUGAGUUCCCUAAGGGUGAGUAAGAUUCAGCUGUCAAUCUGGUAAGUUUCUGCCCAUGGAAUGGGGUAGUGGUGACAUCUUGUCCUUCACCUCAGGCAGCAGAACUGAGACUUGGGCCAGCCCUGAUCUUGGCUGCUUGUAAAAUGGACAACAUCCAAAUAUCCCCACAGUGGUGAAGGAUAAAUAGCAAAGAAUACAAACACUGUACAAGGACUAAUUAUUUGCUUUGUGCCCUGUACUUGCAGAUCAGCUGAACAUGACUGAAUUGUCCCUGCCCAAGAUGCCCAGACUAGGGCCAGACGAUGACAUGGAGAGUGACGAUGACUCAUAUGACUAUUACUGAUGGCACAUGCAUGAGGGAGCUGUCAAAGGGAAGAGAAAUGUACAUCUAUUCCAUUUUGAACAUUUGCCUCCUCAUCUACUGCAGACCUCUGAGAUAGCCAGUACUGAACCUUUGUGCUGAAAAUCUUCUAUGGACAGUUUGGAUAUCAGUUAAUUUUGGGUGGGGAAGAUUUAUGUAUUUAAUCAUUUGACCCCUUCUUUUGUUAGGUGAAGAGGACAACAAGCAAGUGGAAAGAGGGGUUUUGGUUUUUUUAGCUGAUCCUAGAGCAAAUGGGCAUUAAAUGGUACUUUGAUCAC